AUAACGGAGGACUUGCCUGUGCCACUUUGAGGCCAGUAAUUUGUCCUAAAUUUUCAGCCUUCCUUAUGUUCGCAAUAAGGACAUCUGUGCAGAGGAUAAAUAGAUAUGGUGACAAAGGAUCACCCAGGCGUAGCCCUCUAAAAGGAGUUAUAUGGCCAGUAGGAUUUCCAUUAAUCAGUACACUGUAGGACACUGACCGUACACAUCUCAUGAUCCAUUGAAUCCACUUUUAUCUGAAACCCAUUUUCCUCAUCAUAGCCUCUAAAAAAUCCCAUUCCACUCUAUCGUAAGCUUUUGCUCAUGUCAGUUUUAAUUGCCAGGAACUCAUUCUUACAUUUAUUAUUGGUUCUUAGAGCAUGGAAGGCUUCUUGUGCUAGGAGGAUAUUAUCCGUGAUAACGCGUCCUGCCACAAAGGCCGAUUGGGUUUCCGAGACAAUCUUUGGUAAAUACCAUCGCAGUCUCUGGCAUAAGACUUUAGAUAUAAUUUUGUAGCACACAUUACAAAGGCUAAUGGGCCGAAAAUUAGUCAUAUCUCUUGGCCGCUCAGUUUUUGGGAUAAGACAAAUGUUUGUCUCGUUUAGUUUAUUUUAAAUAAAUUUUAAAUUGUAAUGAAUAUAUUAUAGUAUAAAUUCACUUUUAGUUUUCAACUUGACCCAAUUUAUGCCUCUGUGCGUGACAUGAAAAUGUUUAAAAUAAUAUUUCACAAACUCUGAUAGUUUUAGGCCACAAUUAUCGCACGGAUUUUAAGAGGAUUUCUUCAAAAAAGCAAUGCGUGGACCCCACCAAACCAUAAAAACUGGUUCCAAAAGUCAUGAAAUAAGGACCGAUACACUGUUCGCGGGCCCCACUGACACUUGGCAACCUGCGAUUGAUUCACUUUUUAAUUUUUUCUUUUUUAGACAAAAAUUUUUUUUUUUUAAGAACCGGAGAAACGGUUUUACCGUUAAUGAUGCUCUUAUGAUACAUGAAUUAGUCCGCCCUGUGUUACCUAAGCAAUACAUAAGCAAAUGAAGAAUUUUCAGCUUAUUAAAAUAAAAUAUCUCCUCUAUAACAUGGUGUUUGCUUGUCUAUUGGUGGCCAAUAUGAUGUAUAUUAAUCAGUCUACGUUUUUUUGUUAAUAUAGUCUACGUUCUCUAGAAAUGACAGUUAUCUUAUCUUUCAUAUAAUAUGGUAAUACCAGAAAAAUGUCCACGCAGUUGUGUGUUUUAAAUACCAUUCUCUUAUCGAGACAAAACAGAAGGAGACUAGUUUUCCACAAAAAUGUCUUCCCCACGGUUGCAAACAACGAUGGAGAACCCAACUCUUGAGCUUAAAAUCAUAUCAGCCAGUGAUGUCAGCCAUAUCGAUGCUACGGACAAGGUGGACGUGUACGCUGUCGUUUCAAUGAAAGGCGACCAUACUCAAACGAAACAAGCAGCCAAAACACCUAUUGACUACGAUGGUGGUUCCAACCCGACGUGGAAUCACACUAUUAAGUUCUCCGUCAACGAGAAAGCAGCGUGUGAGGGUCUAUUAACAAUCUACGUCAAGUUAUUUAGCUAUUGGCUCGAAGGAGAGAACGACCUUUACUUGGGAGAAGUCAACGUCUCUGUUCAAGAGCUUCUUGCCUCAAAUCCACAUCCGCCGUUUGCUAACGGUAACGUCAAUAAAAUGAAGUUGAUAACUUACCCUCUCAGUUUCAUAGGAAAAACAAAACCUAAUGCAAAGCUGUCUCUCUCAUACCGGUUUAAACCGGUUAAUGAUCUCUAUCCUCCGACACCCGAUUAUUUAUCACCGUUUAGCCAACCUAUAUACCCAAACCCAAAUCCAACAGGAUCAUGUCAGCCAGUCAUAUACUCCCCUCAGUUACAAACCGCCACGGUGACAAAACUAGCCAUAGAGCUCGUGAUCAAAUGCGCCAAGGACAUAAAGAAAGUCAACGUCUUCGACGAAAUGCAUGUAUACGCUUCGGUUACAAUCCUCGAGGGCAAGAAAACAAUUAAGCAUAGGAGCAAUACACCUAUAGCUUUCUCCGCCUAUCAAAACCCUAAGUGGGAUCACGCCGUCAAGUUUUCACUCGACGAGGCAUUAGCUCGAGACGGCCGUUUGUUUCUAUUCGUUGAAUUAAUGAGCCACCGACCGAUUUUAGGAGAUAAGCAUAUUGGAGAAGUCAACGUAUCAAUUCAGGAUCUUUUGAGAUUGAAUCCUUCAUUGACAAAAGGCGUUGGUAGCGACAUGAUGUUGGUGACCGAGGAUUUGUCAACUUCUUCUGGCAAAAAAGGGACAUUGAGUUUCACGUAUAGGUUCAUCACGGAACAAGUUACAGUUCCCAAGCCUUCACCAUCCACAAACCCUCAACCAUUUAUUAUGUAUCUACCGGUCUCGCAUCAAGGAGCCUCGGGUUAUGUCACUGUUCACCCAGGAGCCCAUGACGGGUCAAGCAAUGGUUUAGUACCAAUUUGUAUGGCACCUCCUUAUCAGCCACAUGGAUACUAUUCACCACAUCAGCCGCAACCGCAUACACAUCAACAACAACAAUCCCAGCUACCACCAGAGAAGUCGCAAUGUCGACCAGUCUAUGAUACACAAUCACAUUCAUAUCAGUCAUAUGGAAACCAACAAUAUUCACCACUAGAACUACAUUCACAACAUCAGCUCCACAUGCCACCUCAACAGCCGACAGAAGCACAGGCGCAAACUGAAGGCGCGAGACCACAAGUGAAGCCUCAAGGGGGUACCAUGGCAGCGAUAGGAUUAGGGGCAUCGGUUUUGGGACGAGUAGUAGCUGGAGCCUUAAUAAGUGACAUGAUGUCCGGUGAAGCAAACAUAUACGAGGGUGCGGCUUGAAGGUGUUGGUUAAUUUACUGCAUGUGAUGAAUCCUUAAUAUGAAGUGAAAUUCGGUUAUUUGUUCUUUCUAUUCUGCUAGUUUUUUGUUUGUUUUCGGUUUGUCUUGUGGGUUCUUUCAUCUUUGUGUGUCCUUGCUUGUAUGGUUUUUGUUUUUUUGAACUUGCCUCGCUUGUAUGGUUUUUUUUUUUGCUAAAUAAAAGGAUUAAAUCUGGAUCUAUUAAAUACACAGACCUAACCCCUAGGUGGGAGGUGCAGCCCACGGAUAGACCAUCUCUCGGGUAUUCAAAUGGGCCGAAAUGCAGUAGUCGAUAUCCGUGUAAGGUGACCAGGAAAAUGUGAUUUAGUUUCGCAUGGUAGGUGGAUCAAACUUUAAAUGUGGUGACAUCCCAAACCCUUUUCCUUACCACUUGACCACAAGCUCGCAGUCAACUUGCCUUGCCUGUAUGGUUCUACAUGGGAAAGUUGUAAAAUGAAAUUUGCUUUUACAGAGCAUUACAUUUGUGUUCAACAUUAGUUACAUUAACAAAGCCCAGUAUGAUACCUGAAAUGAAACUAGUGAGGGCAUGUAUAUAUGUUCGAUUUACAUUUUUGACUCAUAAGUCAUAACUUCAUAAAAUUCAUAAAACUUAAGAAUAAAAUGCUCAUGAACAGUCGUCAUCAAGAGGCUUCCAUUGCUAGAAAAGAAAAAAAAUUGUCGUAAUUGUGCAACGUUUUUACGCUUAUGUAAAUUUUCUAUUUCCUUUUAGGGUUUUACGACUUAUCUUGAAUGAGCUUUCUUUUCCUUUUUAUAUGUAAUUUAUGGCUAUUCUAUGUAUAUAGACCUCUUUAUAAUUGUUGAUUUGAUUUCUUCCGAAAAAGCUUCUUUGUUCUUUCAAUUGUAGAGGCAUUCGUUACGGAUUCAAAGACUUCAAAACUUAAUGUAAUUUAGCACUUUUCGUAUUAUUAAUGAUUUUACUAAGUCAACUUUUGUUUUUUGGGUGUUAAUUGAAUAUUUUUAAGUAGGGCAAGGGUUUUGUCUCGGGAUGGAGAAAAUGGAAGUAUGGGCGAUAAGAAAAAAGGAUCAGAGAACAAAAAGGGAAUAUCCAUAAUAGUCAAAUCUUUGUCAAAAAAAUAAAUCCAUAGUUGCCUAGUUGAUAUCACGCCUUGUUGAGUCUAUUACCGUAUGCUAUUCAUCAGUUUGAAAUGUUCAAAAUACUGUAUUUUUUUGUUCCUUUUAAAAUAAAUUCUGUUAGUUUCCUAAUGGCAAAAUUAAAAGAGAUAUUAUUACGUGCGCGGCAUAUCACCAUAUGCUUAAAUGCUUAUCAUAUACUCGAUGAUUAAUGAACAAGAUAAAUUAAUACAUUUCAUCUGUUCCGAAUGUAAAAUAUAACACAAUUUGAUAAGAUAAUAACUUUUGAAUUUUUAGGUAAAUAUAUGAUUCCAAUAUAAACAUUAUUAAUAUACAUAAAGUUUUUUUUUUAAAUAUAAACAAUAUAUUAUAUAGUUUGUUUUGUUCACAUUGAAGUUUAUCUUUAAUUCUUUUAAAUUUAAUUGAAAAAUGUUGAUGUUAUUUUGUUAUUUACAGCUAAAAUGUAUUUACAUUCACAAUACAUAUUUU